UCCUCCGCGUCUGUAUCCUUCCGCCGGCGGGGGCCGCUUCCGGCUCGCUGCGCUCCGCCAUUGCGGCUCUGCCUGCCCGGGCCCCGCUGACUCGGCUCCGGCCCGGCCGCCGCCAUGGCCCAGAUCCUGCCCAUCCGCUUCCAGGAGCACCUGCAGCUCCAGAACCUGGGUAUCAACCCAGCUAAUAUUGGUUUCAGUACUCUGACAAUGGAGUCAGACAAAUUCAUCUGCAUAAGAGAGAAGGUAGGAGAACAAGCGCAGGUGGUGAUCAUUGACAUGAAUGACCCCAGCAAUCCCAUUCGCAGACCAAUUUCGGCUGACAGUGCUAUCAUGAACCCUGCCAGCAAAGUCAUUGCACUGAAAGCUGGGAAAACCCUUCAGAUCUUUAACAUUGAGAUGAAGAGUAAAAUGAAGGCUCAUACCAUGACAGAUGAUGUGACCUUCUGGAAGUGGAUCUCUCUGAAUACUGUUGCUCUUGUGACUGACAAUGCAGUCUACCACUGGAGCAUGGAGGGAGAGUCUCAGCCGGUGAAAAUGUUUGAUCGCCAUUCUAGCCUCGCAGGCUGUCAGAUCAUCAACUAUCGUACAGAUGCUAAGCAGAAGUGGCUUCUUCUGACUGGCAUAUCUGCACAGCAAAACCGUGUUGUGGGAGCAAUGCAGCUUUAUUCUGUAGAUAGAAAAGUGUCCCAGCCCAUUGAAGGGCAUGCAGCUAGCUUUGCACAAUUCAAAAUGGAAGGCAAUGCUGAGGAGUCGACUCUCUUUUGUUUUGCAGUAAGAGGACAAGCUGGGGGCAAGUUACAUAUCAUUGAAGUUGGCACCCCGCCAACAGGGAACCAGCCAUUUCCAAAGAAAGCUGUGGAUGUGUUCUUUCCUCCUGAAGCACAGAAUGACUUUCCUGUAGCAAUGCAGAUCAGUGAUAAGCAUGAUGUGGUAUUCCUGAUAACAAAAUAUGGCUACAUCCAUUUGUAUGACCUUGAAACGGGCACCUGUAUCUACAUGAACAGAAUUAGUGGAGAAACCAUAUUUGUCACUGCACCACAUGAAGCAACAGCUGGAAUCAUAGGGGUUAACAGAAAAGGACAAGUGCUUUCAGUAUGUGUGGAAGAAGAGAACAUCAUUCCUUACAUCACUAAUGUGCUGCAGAAUCCUGACCUGGCUCUGCGGAUGGCUGUCCGCAAUAAUUUGGCAGGAGCUGAGGAACUGUUUGCUCGUAAAUUCAAUGCGCUCUUUGCACAAGGAAAUUACUCCGAGGCAGCCAAGGUGGCAGCCAAUGCACCAAAGGGAAUCCUGCGUACUCCAGACACCAUACGCCGGUUCCAGAGUGUUCCUGCUCAGCCCGGUCAGACUUCUCCCUUGCUCCAGUAUUUUGGAAUCCUGCUGGACCAAGGUCAGCUGAACAAGUACGAGUCUCUGGAACUCUGCAGGCCAGUACUUCAGCAGGGACGCAAACAGCUGCUGGAGAAAUGGUUAAAAGAAGACAAGUUGGAGUGCUCGGAGGAAUUGGGAGACUUAGUGAAGUCUGUUGAUCCUACACUGGCACUUAGUGUCUAUCUGAGAGCUAAUGUUCCUAACAAAGUCAUUCAGUGUUUUGCUGAAACUGGACAAGUCCAGAAGAUAGUUUUGUAUGCCAAGAAGGUUGGAUAUACUCCUGACUGGAUUUUCUUAUUGAGAAAUGUCAUGCGCAUCAGCCCUGAUCAAGGGCAGCAAUUUGCUCAAAUGCUGGUUCAGGAUGAAGAGCCUCUUGCAGAUAUCACACAGAUUGUGGAUGUCUUUAUGGAGUAUAACUUAAUUCAGCAAUGUACCGCCUUUCUUUUGGAUGCACUGAAGAAUAAUCGUCCCUCUGAGGGUCCCCUCCAAACACGCUUACUUGAAAUGAACCUCAUGCAUGCACCUCAGGUUGCAGAUGCCAUCUUGGGAAACCAGAUGUUUACUCACUAUGACAGGGCCCACAUUGCUCAGCUCUGUGAGAAAGCUGGCUUGCUGCAGAGAGCACUAGAACACUUCACUGACUUGUAUGAUAUCAAGCGUGCAGUAGUUCAUACUCAUCUUCUCAACCCUGAGUGGCUGGUGAAUUAUUUUGGCUCCCUCUCUGUAGAGGACUCGCUAGAAUGCCUGCGUGCUAUGCUGUCUGCUAACAUUCGUCAAAACCUGCAGAUUUGUGUCCAAGUAGCUUCAAAAUACCAUGAACAGCUCUCAACACAGUCACUCAUUGAGCUGUUUGAGUCUUUCAAGAGCUUUGAAGGUUUGUUUUAUUUCUUGGGUUCCAUUGUAAACUUCAGCCAAGACCCAGAUGUGCACUUCAAAUAUAUUCAAGCUGCAUGCAAGACGGGCCAAAUCAAAGAAGUUGAAAGAAUCUGCAGAGAAAGUAACUGCUAUGAUCCAGAGAGGGUUAAAAACUUUUUGAAGGAAGCAAAACUGACUGACCAGUUACCACUUAUCAUUGUGUGUGAUCGCUUUGAUUUUGUCCAUGAUCUGGUACUGUACCUGUACAGAAACAAUCUUCAAAAAUAUAUAGAGAUCUACGUACAGAAGGUAAAUCCAAGCCGUCUUCCUGUUGUCAUUGGGGGACUGCUUGAUGUGGAUUGCUCUGAAGAUGUUAUAAAGAAUCUGAUUCUUGUUGUGAGAGGCCAGUUCUCAACUGAUGAGCUUGUUGCAGAAGUAGAAAAAAGAAACAGGCUGAAACUGCUUCUACCUUGGUUGGAAGCAAGGAUUCAUGAGGGUUGUGAGGAGCCUGCUACUCACAAUGCAUUAGCCAAAAUAUACAUAGACAGUAACAACAACCCAGAAAGAUUUCUCCGUGAGAAUCCUUAUUAUGAUAGUCGUGUUGUGGGGAAGUACUGUGAGAAGAGAGACCCUCACCUGGCCUGUGUGGCUUACGAGCGUGGGCAGUGUGACUUGGAGCUUAUUAAUGUAUGCAAUGAAAACUCACUCUUCAAGAGCCUUUCGCGUUACUUAGUUCGCCGCAAGGACCCUGAGUUGUGGGCCAGUGUGCUGUUGGAAAGCAACCCUUACAGAAGACCACUUAUUGACCAGGUUGUGCAGACUGCACUGUCGGAGACUCAGGACCCUGAAGAAGUGUCUGUUACUGUAAAGGCUUUCAUGACUGCAGAUCUUCCCAAUGAGCUCAUUGAACUGCUGGAGAAAAUAGUUCUGGAUAACUCUGUAUUCAGUGAACACAGGAACCUGCAGAACCUCCUCAUUCUCACAGCUAUUAAGGCUGACCGCACUCGCGUCAUGGAAUAUAUCAACCGUCUGGAUAAUUACGAUGCUCCAGAUAUUGCCAACAUUGCUAUCAGCAAUGAGCUUUUUGAGGAGGCUUUUGCCAUCUUCAGAAAAUUUGAUGUCAACACCUCAGCUGUGCAGGUAUUGAUUGAACACAUUGGAAACCUGGACCGUGCAUAUGAGUUUGCUGAACGCUGCAAUGAGCCUGCUGUGUGGAGUCAGCUUGCUAAAGCGCAGCUUCAGAAAGGGAUGGUAAAGGAAGCAAUUGACUCCUACAUUAAAGCAGAUGAUCCUUCCUCCUACAUGGAAGUUGUUCAAGCUGCUAAUGCCAGUGGAAACUGGGAAGAGCUGGUGAAGUACCUCCAGAUGGCACGCAAGAAGGCCCGAGAGUCAUAUGUGGAAACCGAACUCAUUUUUGCUCUGGCUAAGACAAAUCGUCUAGCUGAGUUGGAAGAGUUUAUCAAUGGACCUAAUAAUGCUCACAUUCAGCAGGUUGGCGAUCGCUGUUAUGAUGAGAGAAUGUAUGACGCUGCUAAGCUAUUGUAUAAUAACGUAUCAAACUUUGGCCGGCUGGCAUCCACGCUAGUCCACUUAGGUGAAUACCAAGCGGCUGUAGAUGGUGCUCGGAAAGCAAACAGUACUCGGACAUGGAAGGAGGUCUGCUUUGCCUGUGUUGAUGGGAAAGAGUUCCGUCUAGCCCAGAUGUGUGGACUUCAUAUCGUAGUGCAUGCAGAUGAGCUGGAAGAACUUAUCAACUAUUACCAGGAUCGUGGCUAUUUUGAAGAGCUGAUAACCAUGUUGGAAGCUGCGCUAGGACUUGAGCGUGCACACAUGGGCAUGUUUACAGAGCUAGCAAUCCUGUAUUCUAAAUUCAAGCCACAGAAGAUGAGGGAGCACUUGGAACUCUUCUGGUCAAGAGUCAAUAUUCCCAAGGUGCUAAGAGCUGCAGAACAAGCUCACCUCUGGGGUGAACUGGUGUUCCUGUAUGAUAAAUAUGAAGAGUAUGACAAUGCUAUCAUCACAAUGAUGAACCACCCAACAGAUGCUUGGAAAGAAGGACAAUUUAAAGACAUAAUCACAAAGGUGGCUAAUGUGGAGCUGUAUUAUAAAGCAAUCCAUUUUUAUUUGGAGUUUAAACCCUUGCUGCUCAACGACCUUCUGAUGGUGCUGUCUCCCCGGCUGGAUCAUACUCGUGCUGUCACCUUCUUCAGUAAGGUUAAACAGCUGCCGCUGGUGAAACCUUACUUGCGCUCUGUUCAAAACCACAACAACAAAUCUGUGAACGAGUCGCUGAAUAAUCUCUUCAUUAUAGAAGAAGACUAUCAGGCUCUUAGGACAUCUAUAGAUGCUUAUGACAACUUUGACAACAUUUCCCUCGCUCAGCGUUUGGAGAAGCAUGAACUGAUAGAGUUCAGGAGAAUUGCUGCCUAUCUCUUUAAAGGCAACAACCGCUGGAAACAGAGUGUAGAACUCUGCAAGAAAGACAGACUUUACAAGGAUGCAAUGCAAUAUGCUUCAGAAUCCAAAGAUACAGAGUUGGCCGAAGAAUUGCUGCAGUGGUUCUUGCAGGAAGACAAGAGGGAAUGCUUUGGAGCUUGCCUCUUUACCUGCUACGAUCUUCUGAGGCCAGAUGUUGUCUUGGAAACUGCAUGGAGGCAUAACAUCAUGGACUUUGCCAUGCCCUAUUUUAUUCAGGUCAUGAAAGAGUACUUGACAAAGGUUGAUGCAAUAAAGGAAAAGGUGAAAGUUGAUUCUUGUUUUCCAUCUUUUAAGUGUGGAGGACUAAGUCUAAGGAAUCUGCAUGAGUUGUUUUUUUUCCUUCCUACCUUUACUACACUGCUGCUACUGCUUUUUUCCCAACAAAAUCUCACUUAAAGCCUCUGCAAGUUGUUUAAAUGCUAGUAGUUGGAGCUUUUAGGGUAACAGUAGAUAGAUUUGCUACUAAUCGGCUAAUAGAUUUCUUCAGGCAGGGCAUAAGGCUGAUCAGUUGGAUCACAGUCCAAGGAAUCUAUUGUAAAAGAUAAAAGGAUGAUGGCUGCACAGAUCUCAAUUGGAUGAGAAUUCCUCUUCUGAAGUAAGGAGUAACUAAAUUCAGCCACAGACUAACUGGUUUGAAAAACUUACUGUACAUGGGUAUAUACUUUCCAGCUAGCAAAAGUUAGUUUUAAAGGACUGUGAUCCAGUUUGAUCUCGACAACUGUCUUGCUGACAAUAGGCAGCAAAGACGCUAGCUGCUUCAGAAGAGACUCUUCCUCAUGUUUCUUCAGGUGUCCAGUUCUUAUGGUGCUAAUCAAUUUUUUUUCAUAUUCAAUAACUUAAUUUAAACUACUGAAUACUCUGGUUCUUUUCCCUGUGGUAAGUCUCAUGGCUAGUCAGAAAUAAGACUGCCUUUCAAACUCCUUCAGCUUCUUUGAGAAAUCCACUCCUAUCUCUUUUUCCCCUCUUUAAUUUAAAAAAAACAAAACAAAAAAAACCUGUAAUGCUAAAACUUGUGCUCUUCUGAGGCCACUCUGACACUGGCCUGUUGCUGUCAAUUAUGCCUGCCCUGAGGGCGCACUCUGGCUCCUGGCCAUCUUUUUUUUUUUUUUUUUUCCUGUACCUUGUGCCCACUUCCAACUCUUUUCUCUCCCUGGAAUGCAGGGUUACACCAAUGUAGACUUUUUUUUAGGAGCAUAGUACUAGUCUGUUUAAAUUGUUGUUGGGCAGAGGGCAAGCACACAAUGAGGAAUGUAAUGCAAACUGCCUCCUUGCUGUACUUAUGCCAACCACCUUAGUCACCACUGGAACUUGAGGCCAACCUGACUAAAUGCAUAGCAUUAAGGUCCUUCAGCAGCUAGUAGGUGAGGCAGUACGAGUGUGUGUGAAAAAAGGUAAUUGAACUGCAGUGUCUUGCAUUAUUAAACAAAGCAUGUGUAGCAGUCAUUGCAAUUACAUCCCACUAUUCCUGAAGCUACAAGGCAUUGCUGGGGGCCGCGUGUGGCUUUUGGGGGGGAGGCUGUAUAGCAAUCAUCUUCAGACCUCACUUCUUGCUUCAGUACUCUUGCCUUUUUUCCAUGCACACAUGACACCAAAAUAACAUUUGAAUGCAUGUUACUUUUCCUCUGCAGCUUAUUGCAGUCUCUGUGGAAAAGCCUUUUCUUACAUGGAUUUAACCUACUAAUAGCAUAUAGGGUACUGAACCCAGUGAUGUUUAAGCAAGCAGGUGUAUAAAGACCAAUCUUUCAAACCCUCUUAAGUCUGUUCAUGAAAGUAAUGUCUGCCCCCUGUCCAGAGGGAGGCUUUGAAACUAGGCCGGAAGGACCGACUGGAGACUUCAGGCUAGGCAGAUGGAUGGUAACUCUAAACUACACUGCUUACCUGUUGCAACCCUGCUAGUAUUGCACUGUCCUAGGCAAAGCCUCUUGGAGCUGUGCUUGAGCAUCCCAGUACUUGCAGCCAUUCUAGUUCGUUCCAUGUAUCUCGCACAGAUGUAACAUGGUGACAACUGUGGUAACACUUUAUAGCAGACUUCCUGUCAAAUUACGGAAAGCUGGCUUUCUGUACUUCCGUGUCAUACUUUCCUGGAAAUGGGGGGGAGUUGGGUGGGGGGGGUCUGCCAAUGACCCCUGAUCAGCAGGAGUGAAUGAUGAAAGGUCAGUGGCCCAAUACUUGAUUUUACCAGGCCAGUCAAACUGAAUGGUAGUUGGUCAGAAGGGAAAUGCAGCUUCAUGAAUUGCCAUGUAGAAGAAAGUCUGAACUACCGCUAGUCCAAGGUACAGUUGUGCACUUGCUUUGGAGACCAAAUGUUUGGGUGUUUAGCAUAGUUAACUAUGAAUGUGCUUCUAAUUUUUUUUUUUUCCCCUUGUUUAAAACACUGCCAGACUGUCUUGACUUGGUAUCAAGGCUAGGAUUGUGUUCUUCAGAGAUCAGUUGGUUUGGUUGCUUAUGGCUUAAGGAGAACUUUUAAUAGAUUUGAUUUUGAGCAAUAUCUCCACAUCUCUAAGUAGCAAUGCUCAGCUUGUUUAACUCAUGACACCAGGGUUGUUGCAGUGACUUGGAGCUUCAUCCAACUAGUACUGUGGAGUGUCUUGGAUAGACCUUUUUGAAGUAUUAUUAUAUUCCUAGGUUUUUUUUAUUAAGCCAUUUUUCUUGCAAAGGUCACUUUUUUUCUCUUGGGAAGAGGGAAGCUUUUUGUAUGCAGGGAAGACAUGGAGUAAAGUCUCUUUUUUAAAAGCCUUAGCUUAGAACGGUCAAAUGACACCCCCCCCCCCCCCCCCUUUUCUAAUUCUAAAUACUUUGGGCAGAACUCGUUUUGACCCAUAGAGCCAUACAUAACUCUGUUCUUGCCAACUCUGCUCUUGCUACAAACUGGCUUUAGAAAGAUUAGUUGUGUUUUAACUUGGUCUUUAAAGGCAAGUCUUGCAGUUUUGAGUACAAAUGCAAAGAACGUGUGCAUGAGUGAACAGCCCUUCUCUAGACUUUUUUUUUAGUAAAAGCAACACUUUUGAGGCUCUAGUGAGAUGUAAGAUGCUGUUGCAGUCGUACCUUUUAAGCUAUUCUGUGCCUCCCUAAGCAUUUCUUUGAAGGAGACGCCUAGACCUGGAGACGUUUAUGAAUCUCUAAUUGUUCCAAUGAGGAAUCCUCCAACAGUUCAGCAGGUGCUGCACAACUGUGGCAUCUGAAAUGAGCUUGCUGUGUCAUGUCAAACUAGACUGUGUACCAGAUGUGGUUGGAGUCACUUUGGUGAUCUCACUCUCAAAUGUUUCUUAUCCUACCACGGUCAACUAGCUUCCCCCAGGCUGGGAGCUUAGAUCCAAAGCUUCAGCCUGGAGUGAGCUUUCACAGCAGUUCCAUACAUCUCAAAACAAGGGAGUUUCCCAGGGAAAUGCUGAGACCUGUCUCUUUUUUUUUUUUUUUUUUUUUUUUGAC